UGUUUUCAGAAAACAUUGGCUCUGAAAGAGUCCAGAAAGGAGUAAAUCAAGUUGGUGCAUAGUGAGUCAUUGGCUCAGCUUGAAAGUGCUUUCAUGACUUGACACUGGGCCCACAUCUACCCUUCACUCCCUGCAACCAAGCAAACUGCAGCUGAGCGAUGGGCCAAAAAAUCUCAGGGAGCAUAAAGUCUGUGGAUGUUCGGGAUCCCCCAUAUAGACCAGUUAAACGAGAACUGAGGGGACCAGAUUUCUGCAAGCCUGCACGAUUGGAUAUGUUGCUAGAUAUGCCCCCAGCCCACUUGGAGAUCCAAUACAAACAUGCUUGGAACAACGAAGAUCGAUCCUUAAAUAUAUUUGUGAAGGAAGACGACAGACUAACCUUUCAUAGACACCCGGUUGCCCAAAGCACAGAUUGCAUCAGGGGAAAAGUUGGCUACACAAGGGGACUCCAUGUUUGGCAGAUUCACUGGCCCAUAAGGCAACGAGGAACACAUGCAGUAGUUGGGAUCUCAACAGCAGAAGCCCCUUUGCAUUCUGUAGGAUAUACAUCAUUGGUUGGUAGCAAUAGUGAAUCAUGGGGCUGGGACCUUGGACGGAACAAACUUUACCACAAUUGCAAAAACCAGCCUGGAGUGACCUAUCCUGUGUUUUUGGAACCAGAUGAGUCUUUUGUACUUCCAGACUCCUUAUUGGUGGUUUUGGAUAUGGAUGAAGGAACCCUUAGCUUCAUCGUGGAUGGACAGUAUCUUGGAGUGGCCUUCAGGGGCUUAAAAGGGAAAAAACUGUAUCCCAUAGUCAGUGCGGUAUGGGGGCACUGUGAAAUUACAAUGAGAUAUGUCAACGGGCUUGAUCCUGAACCUCUACCUUUAAUGGAUCUGUGUCGAAGAUCAAUUCGCUUUGCUCUGGGACGAGAACGGCUGCAUGAUAUAGAAACUCUACCUUUGCCUCAAUCUUUGAAAAAUUAUUUACAAUAUCAGUAAUAUGAUUCUAGAGCUCUAAAUGGUAGAAAUUGUUUACAUCAGAAUAUAAAUCUUCAUGGUGGAUAUUUUGAGU